AUGGCGCUCUCUAGAUCACAAACAGCGAAGCCGUUACCCGAGGGCAAUGUAUCCUCUACGGUUUUUUCGCCAAUCCGGGCUUGCAUUUUCGACAUGGACGGACUCCUCAUCAACUCCGAAGAUAUUAUUACUCUUUGCACGAACCGACUUCUCGAAAAGUACGGCAGGCCUGCCUUUACUCGGUCGAUUCGAGUCCAGCUCAUGGGCAUCCCGGACUCAACAAAUGGCGACAUAUUCCACAAUUGGGCCAAGCUGCCUAUUCCGCGCGAGCAGUUUGCUCAAGAGUUGAGGGAGCAAAUGCAAGCUCAGUUCCAGAGCUGCGAACCAUUGCCUGGUGCGAACAAGCUUCUUUCCGAUCUUAGUCAUGCGCGAAAUUCCUCAGGAGACAAAAUCAAAUUAGCGCUGGCAUCUAGCAGUAAGAGCCAUAGCUUUAGAUUGAAAACUUCAAAACCGGAGACGAAGCAGUUGUUGGAUUUCUUCGGGCCAAAGCAGCGGAUUCUGGGCGACGAUGCACGACUGCGAAAGGGUCGAGGGAAACCGGCCCCUGACAUAUACCUAAUUGCGUUGCAAUCAUUGAACUCGGCGAAUAACGCGGAAGAUACCAUUAAGCCUAACGAGUGUUUGGUAUUUGAAGACAGUGUAACGGGAGUAGAGGCCGGAAGACGCGCGGGGAUGAGAGUCAUUUGGGUCCCGCAUCAAGACGUGGCGGCUGAGUAUGGAAGCAAGCAAGAACAAGUGUUGGCUGGGAGAAUGGGGAUGAAUGCGCUUGGAGAUGAUUGGCAAUUAGGGGAAAUUGAUGACGGCUGGGCUGAGUGUAUAUCUAGUCUGGAAGAAUUUAACCCUCGAAAAUAUGGUCUCGAGAUUGUAUAA